CAACAACCUGAGACUGUACUGACAGAGAGGAUGAUGGGAAAUACAUCAACAACCUGAGACUGUACUGACAGAGAGGAUGAUGGGAAAUACAUCAACAACCUGAGACUGUACUGACAGAGAGGAUGAUGGGAACUACAUCAACAACCUGAGACUGUACUGACAGAGAUGAUGAUGGGAAAUACAUCAACAACCUGAGACUGUACUGACAGAGAGGAUGAUGGGAAAUACAACAACAACCUGAGACUGUACUGACAGAGAGGAUGAUGGGAAAUACAUCAACAACCUGAGACUGUACUGACAGAGAGGAUGAUGGGAAAUACAUCAACAACCUGAGACUGUACUGACGGAGAGGAUGAUGGGAAAUGCAACGAUCUUCUCCGUUAUGGUGAUGUUGCGGAUGCUGAGCUGGCAGCUGCCAUCAUGUCCAGGAGGAUCAUCCAGUCUCUGAUCACCGUGGAAGCCUGGGAGGGGUACACCUUCGCUGAUCAUCAGAUCAGGAUCAAGGAGUCACAUGACCUCUACGGAGCUGUGAUGUGGCCCUCGGCCAUAGUGCUGUGUUACUUCCUGGAUACGCACCGUGACACGUACAACCUGCUGGACAAGAACGUCAUCGAGCUGGGCGCCGGGACCGGUCUGGUCUCCGUAGUUACCAGCCUUCUAGGUGCCAAGGUAACGUCCACAGACCUACCGGAGGUGCUGAGUAACCUGCAGUAUAACGUCCUCCGUAACACCAGGGGGCAGUGUAGACACCCUCCUCAGGUCACUGAGCUGUCCUGGGGGAACGAGCUGGAACAACACUUCCCUCAGGCUACCUGUCACUACGACUACGUGUUCGCCGCUGACGUGGUGUACUGCCACCCCUACCUGGGGGAACUCUUGGACACCUUCGAUCACCUGUGUCAGGACGGGACGGAGAUCCUCUGGGCCAUGAGGUUCCGUCUGGACAGAGAGAACCAGUUCGUAGAACGGUUCCGGACCAGGUUCCACCUGGAAGAACUGUAUGAUCUGCCCAGUCUCUGUAUCAAACUGUACCGAGCAUCAAGGAAGGAGAUGGAGAGGAAGACACCAUCUGGAGAGGCUGCUUAAUACUACCAUGCUCUACGGAAGCAGUCUGAGACACUGCAGGGGGAUGGAGAGAUGGAUAGAGAGAUGGAUGGAGGGAGAGAUGGAUGGAUGGAUGGAUGGAUGGAUGGAGAGGCUGCUUAAUACUACCAUGCUCUACGGAAGCAGUCUGAGACACUGCAGGGGGAUGGAGAGAUGGAUGGAGAGAUGGAUGGAUGGAUGGAUGGAUGGAGAGAAGGAUGGAUGGAUGGAGAGAAGGAUGGAUGGAAGGAGAGAAG